CUUUGCAAUCUCCAUUAGCCGCCAUUGAUCUUCUUUUCUUUUUUUUUUUUAAAGUUUCUCUCUCAAAUUUUUUCUUACGUUUUGGCGAUCUAAGCUCACUCUGGUUCUAUCUUGUAUGGCAAAAUCACUCUACUAAUUAUUCUCCCUCUUUGCCAUUCCUGUUGUUGCUGCUUCAAAUUUUGUUUCUUUUAAGCUUAUUGGCGUCUUGGUUUUUUUCUUCUUCUGUGGAAUCGAUAGAAUGGAACUGGGCAUUGCUGUGUUGAUUAAAUGUUUGAUCUUUUGAUAUUAGGUUACUCAAAGGAGGCAUCUCCAGUUGCUUACGUAGGUCUCAGGCAAAUCCUGGAGGAAAAGUUUUGAUUUUGAAGUUUUCUUGAGGUUUUAGGUUGCGAUUUUAGCUUCCGGGUAGUAAUCGGCAUUACCGUUGGUCCGAGGAAGCCUAUGAUCAUUUAGGGUUUUGGACGAUGUUGUCUGAAUUGGGGAGAAGGCCAAUAGGUGCCGACGAAGGCUCUUUCGGGAUUGAAUUUGAGAAAGAGUUUGGCUUGUUGCUCAGGGAGAACUGUCGGCAAGAAAGCGACGAUCUUGAAAGAGAGCUUAACUUGUACAGGAGUGGCUCUGCCCCUCCUACUGUGGAGGGCUCACUUACUGCCGUAGGUGGUCUGUUUGGCGCUGGCGGUGGUGGAAGUGGUUCCACCGCCUUUCAGGAGCUCAGCAGGGAUAGGAACGAGAAUCGUUUACCUUCUGAUGAUGAUUUCAGGUUUGAUCCAGCUUACCAUUCGUAUUAUUACUCGAACGUGAACUUGAACCCUAGGCUGCCUCCUCCUGUGCUCACGCGUGAGGAAUUGAGGUACGCACAGCGGUUGAAAGGAGGGAGUUCAGUGGUGGGUGGGGUUGGUGAUAGGCGAAAAGUGAAUCGAGCUGAUAAUGAAGCUGGUGAUCGGUCCUUGUUUUCCAAGCCUCCUGGUUUUGAAUCGAGGAAGAGAGAGAAUGAUGAUGAGAUGGAGAAAAACACACAUGCCUCUGCUGAGUGGGGUGGUGAUGGGUUGAUCGGUUUGGGACUUGAACGCAAACAGAAGAGUCUUGCUGAUAUAUUUCAGGAUGACUUUGGACGCAGUACUACUCCUGUAACCGGUCAACCUUCUCGCCCUGCUAGCCGAACACUGUUUGAGGAAAAUGCUGAGAUUGCUGGUUCUGAUGACGCUGAGCUCUCUCAUUUGCGUGAACUAGCCUCUGGAAGUUGCCUUGCUGGCAGUGGGUCCCACAAAGUGAAUUACGUGGCAGCUGUUGGUGGUUCCUUGUCCAGAAGUGCCACUCCUGAUCCCCAGCUUGUUGCCAGGGUUCCUAGUCCUUGUCCUACACCGAUUGGGGCCGGUAGAGCAAGUGCUUCCGAUAAAAGAGGAAUUAACAGUUCUGGGUCAUUCAGUAACAUAAGUUCUAGCGUUAACGCUUCUUCUGAUAUUGUCUCUGCCCUGUCUGGAUUGAACUUGUCAGGUAAUGGUGGGCCAGAUGGAGAAAACAUGAAUAAGCGGGAUCUAGAGCAGAGACAGAGCUAUAUGCUUGCACUUCAAGGUGAUCAUAAUCAGAUGAAUCAACAUGUCUUGUCUAAGAAGUCGGAGCCCGGGCACUAUCAGAAAUCUGUUGACUUUUCAAACUCAUCUUAUCGUGGGGAUAGGCAGAAUGGCUUUCAAAAAUCUGGCUCGUAUUCCGGUAAUUCAUAUAUGAAAGGCUCUCCGACUUCCACUCUUAACGGUGGUUUAGGUGGUUACCCACUUAAUCCGCCUGUUACUUCUAUGAUGUCUGGUCAGCUAGGAACUGGUAACUUUCCACCUCACCUGGAAAAUGGAAAUGCAGCUUCAGCUUUGGGGUUACAAGGAUUUGACUCUAGGGUUCUUGGUGGUGGUAUGAGUUCUGGUCACACCGAUAGAAUGACCAUGGGCAGUUCUGCGUUACAGCAUCCUUUUGCUGAUCCACUUUAUGUUCAGUACCUAAGAACAUCUGAAUAUGCAGCCCAGCUUGGAGCCCUCAAUGACCCAAUGAUGGAUCAUAACCUCUUAGGAAAUAACUCUUACAUGAACAACUUAGCCGAGAUGCAGAGAGCUUACAUUGAUCAGUUAUUGUCUGCCCAGAAGCAACAGUAUGUUGCUUCAGUCGGUGGCAAAUACGGCGGCGGUUCUAAUCAACGAGGUUAUCAUGGGAUGUCGUAUCCCGGGAGUCCAUUAGCCAAUCCCGGUUUUCCAAAUUCACCUGUUGGAUCCGGCAGUCCCAUGAGACAUAAUGACCUGAACAUGUCUUAUCCGUCUAGGAUGAGAAAUUUGGCUGGUGGAUGGCACUUGGAUGCUGGUUUGAAUGAGGGUUUUGGAUCUUCUUUGCUUGAAGAAUUCAAGAAUAACAAAGCAAAGUGCUUUGAGCUCUCAGAGAUUUCUAAUCAUGUCGUGGCGUUCAGUUCGGAUCAGUAUGGUAGCCGGUUUAUUCAACAAAAGCUUGAGACUGCAUCAGUGGAGGAGAAAACCAUGGUCUAUGAAGAAAUCAUGCCACAUGCUCUUGAACUGAUGACUGAUGUUUUCGGCAAUUAUGUGAUUCAGAAGUUUUUUGAGCAUGGACUUCCAUCUCAAAGGCGAGAAUUGGCUGAGAAGCUCUUCGGUAAUGUUCUGACACUUAGCCUUCAGAUGUAUGGUUGCAGAGUUAUCCAAAAGGCUAUAGAGGUUGUUGAUCUUGACCACAAGAUCGAGAUGGUGAAAGAGCUCGACGGUAAUGUUAUGCGCUGUGUAAGGGAUCAGAACGGGAACCACGUCAUCCAGAAAUGCAUUGAAUGCAUUCCCGAAGAGAAUAUCCAAUUCAUCGUCUCGACAUUCGUUGAUCAGAUUGUGACUCUUUCAACACAUCCUUAUGGAUGCCGCGUUAUACAGAGGACUCUAGAGCACUGCAAGGACCAGAACACUCAGAAUAAGGUUAUGGAUGAGAUAUUAAGCUCUGUUAGCAUGCUAGCCCAGGAUCAAUAUGGAAACUAUGUUGUUCAGCAUGUUCUUGAGCAUGGAAAGCCUCAUGAGCGGUCCAUAAUAAUAAAGGAGUUAGCCGGGAAGAUAGUUCAGAUGAGUCAGCAAAAAUUUGCCUCCAAUGUCGUCGAAAAGUGUCUGACUUUUGGGGAUGCCUCUGAGCGUCUGCUGCUUGUUAACGAGAUGCUCGGCACCACUGAUGAAAAUGAGCCUCUUCAGGCAAUGAUGAAAGAUCAGUUUGGGAACUAUGUCGUGCAAAAGGUUCUGGAGACUUGUGACGAUCAAAUGAGAGAGCUCAUACUCUCCCGAAUCAAGAUUCAUCUGAAUGCCCUUAAGAAGUAUACCUACGGGAAGCACAUUGUUGCACGUGUUGAGAAACUUGUCGCCACUGGAGAGCGGAGGAUGGCGCAGUCUCUGAACGUAGGACCCUAAAGCCAUUGUACAGUUUAACACCGAGGAGGCUUUACUGUAAGAAAAAAUAGCCCUUUAGGACCAAAACUGAUUUCCCUAUCCAUCUUGUUCAUGAGCUGAAGCUGACUCGGAGACAAGACACAAGUGGAGAAUAACUGAAAGUCUGCUAUACUCUGUUCGUUUUCUUCUUCUUCUUCCUCCUCCUCCCUGCUUUCAAUCUCUGUGUACAAUUUUGUAGUUCUUUCCCAAAGCUUAUAUCUUUUAGUUUCAAGCUCAGGUUGUUUUUUGCCUGUCUUCAUUUCUGUCUUACUUCGUGUAUAUUAUUAUAUAUUUCUCUUUCACAGCUAAUUUACA